CAACUCGUAUAUCUAUUGAUUGAUAGGUUAAUGCAUUUGUUAUUCCAGAUAUGGCCUUGCAAAUUUCACUGAGAUUACAACAUUUUCUUACGUCUCCAAAAGAAGGGUGCAUUUCGGUCUUUCCUUCUGCAUUCGCUGGAGCUAUUAUUGUCUUCAAACCAACGCAGAUGUCUUGUUCCUCUGUUUCUUCAUCGAGAUUCAACAAUUCUACGAUACCCUCUCUAAAGUUUUCCAACUUAUCUCUGGUGGAGGGUAAUUGUAGGAGGAGAACGGGGUUGAGAGCUUCUAAAAUUGAAGAGGAAGUUGGUUCUGAUGGUGGGCAGAAAGAUAAGGAAGAUAAAUUCCGUGAUCAGGAUGAUGAAGAUGAACCGAUACUAAUGGAUGAAGAAGAAAGACGGGAAUGAAGAAAGAAAAUUAGAGAGGUGAUCGACAAGAACCCCGAUGUUGAAGAGGAGGAAGACCCAGUAGAAAGGAGAAAGAAAAUGGAGAAACUUCUAGCCUACCCUCUAGUUGUGGAUGAGGAAGACCCUGACUGGCCAGAUGAUGCAGAUGGGUGGGGCUUCAACUUAGGUCAGUUCUUCAACAAUAUCACAAUCAAGAAUGU